CAGUCACUAGUCAGUUCUUCAGUCUUCACAGCUAUAGUUGAGUUGACACUGUAAACAGCGGGUGAUCAAGGAUUAUUCCAGUUUAUAUUUGGCGGAUUACAGCAAACAUAUCUCGCGGAUUACAGCUUAGAUAUUUUGCGGAUUACAAAGUUUAUCACAAACUGUUCAAUGUACAAUGUUCAGUUUGGACAGUUUAGAUUAAGUGAACGUUUCCCAUAUUUUAUUACUAAGUGAAAAAUAAUUAAUAUUUUUGAAUUUCUAUGAAAUUGAAAAGAUUUGACGAAUGCAGGGGACUUUAAGGUCUAAUUCAGCAAGUGCGUCAAGUGAAAUCCUGGAGGUGGAUCAGAACACCCCUGAAACCUCUCAGAGGAUAGAACCCCCAUGGGAGCAUGAGUGGCCCCUAACUGCAGAAAGUCCAAAAACGCCCCUGAAGGAGGGGGACAGAGGAUCUUGGCCCCUAGAAGAAAGAACACUAAGACUUGAAAUGGAGGAAGGAGAGGAUGAGGAGGUUGAUUCCUGGCCCCCAAGUGAGGACGAAGCACAAGAUUUUGAACAAUUUAGUGAUGAUGAGGCGUAUCAUUGUUCCCUGACUCCUUUUAUUGGCAAGGGGAAUUCCAGCAAAGGAGGGGGAAUUCCAAACAGUGAAGGGGGAAAAAUCCUUGACAAAAGUGAUACAAAAGUUGAUACGCAAUCAAGUGAUAUAAAUUUGAUGAAUAAAGUGACAAGUGACAAAGGAGAAGGGAGAGAAGGAGGUGAAAAAGAAGAAGAAGGGGAGGAUGGCAGAGGUGAAGGUGGAGAAGGAGGAGAAGGUGGAGAAGAAGGAGAAGGAGGAGAAGGAGGAGGUUACGACCUAGACGAUAUCGAUGCUGUACUAAAUGAGGACAAACCUAAAACUCUAUUUAGUGAAGGAGGACUGCUGGAAGAAAUACGGUAAGAGAAAGACAAUCAAUUGUUUCUUAAUUAAAGGCAUGACAAUAAUUCUUGUUAAAUGUUGAAAACAUACUGAUUUAGCAAAACUGUCAAACUAUAAUACAUCUAAUUCAUAUUAAAAAGCUGUCUAAACUUGUUUUGAAUUUUACCCGCAGUAACAAAUUUUAAUUCAAAGCACAUUCUAUAUAACACCACCGUUUAAUAGCCACGCAAAUUGUAAAUUUGCAUAACGCAAAUGUGUGCAGAAAAUGAAUUGCAUUUGCUACAACUUGCGGUAAGGGCGGGGGUUGAAAGUUGGCAAGUUAAUAACUGAAAUUGUGACCAAAAUAACUCCCAUUUCCGCAAAAUAAUUUAGCUUUAAAAGUGACUGUUUGCGAAAUUUUAGAUAUUAUGUUUGGUCCUAUGAUCUGCAGUAUAUCAGAUGUCUCUAUAAAUAUAAUUUUAUUGAACCUGUCCUAGUUAAUUACUUCAAAAUAUGUUCUUUCCAUGCUCGCCAAAAAAAAUGUCGGGCUUAAUCACGUUGAUAACAAUGUUGUUAUCGAUUCACAUUCCUUAA